AUGCCUCCCAAGGGCGGAGGCCGCGGAGGCGGCCAGAGCGGUGGCGGCGGUGGCGGCGGUGGCAGGGGCGAUAAGAAGAAGGGAUCGCAGCAGGGCGGCCGCGGCGGCAAGGGGUCAUCGAAAAAGGGCGACGAUGGCAGCGUCGCCGCGCGCGCUGCCGCCAAGCUCGCCGAGGAGGCCCUCGCGCGCGAGCGCGCGGCCGAGGCUGAGCGCCGACGCAAGCGCCUGGAGGAGGAGGAGCGCGCCAGGGCCGAGGCCGAGCGCAUCGCGAGGGAAGAGGCCGAGGCCAAGCAGCGCGCCGAGGAGCUCCGCAGGCUGCGCCGCGCGCGCGUCGAGCUCCGCGCGGCCAACAUCUCCCCGUCGCGGCCCACCGACGCCGACCUGAAGAGGCUCGACUCCUCCAUCAAGAAGUGCACGGCGCUCACCCGCAAGCUCACGAAGAUCACCGAGGAGGCCAGGGCAUCGCUCCUGGACGAGCUGGGUAAGGUGAACAUGCGCAAGUACGUCACCGAGGCGGUCGCGGCCACCGUCGAGGGCAAGCUCAAAUCAUCCGACAUCUCAGCCGCGGUGGACGUGGUGUCCAAGCUGCACGCGAUGUACGAAGACUUCGCCCCCGCGCUCGCCGAAUCCCUCCCGAGGUUCGUGUGCCCGAACGCGAAGGCUUUCGCGCCGUCCGCGGCCGCCGCGCUCGCCGCCAAGGAGGCGGCGACCGCCGCCGGACUGGACGCUGCCGAGGUUGUCACGCCGCUCCAGCGAAGGCUCAAGCUCCGGCUGCUCGCGGAGCUUCACCUCGUCGGGGUGGUGCCGAGCGCGGGGUCGCUCCACAAGUGCGUUGCGGAGCUGGCCAAGGUCGAGUCGUUGGUCGACGACCCGGACGCGUACGCGCAUUCCCUCACGACCCUGGCGCAGUUUGCGAGGGUGUACGGCGAGGAAUACCUCGGCGUCGAACAAUCGGAAACGUCGCCGGAAAAGGCUGGCGACUCCGAGCCUGGCGCGUCGUCGUACAGGCUCAAGCCCGAGCAGCAGGCGGCGUUUCGCUCGUGCCUCGCGGGUUUUUACGCGAGGUCGUGCGACGCGCUCGUCGACGCCCAUCGGAGUUUGUGCGAGAUUGAGCGAAGCAACGCGAGGCGUCUGGAGCGAACGGGGGAGCUGCCUGCGGCGGACUCUGAGGCGUACGCCGACGCGAAGCGCACGCGCGAUUUCCUUCACAAGAACGUGACAUCCCUCGCCGAGGACCUUCGCGAACGAUACCCGACGCUGCCGGAGUACGUCGAGAAGGAACGGGAGAAGGACAGGGGCGAGGUUGAGCUGCAGCGGGGCGUGGACGUGGGUCCCGGGGACUGGCGCGCGCUGUGGGACGACGAGGAGCAGAAGAUCUUCUACGAGGAUCUCCCCGACCUCCGCGCCACCGUGCCGGCCGUGUUGCUCCCCAAGGAGGAGGGCGGGCGCGCUGGAGGGGACGAGGACGCUGGAGGGGACGGGGACGCCGAGGCUGACGCGUCGUCGAACAGUCGAAAGCUCGAAAAGGAAAAAUCCGACGCCGAGGCUGACGCCGCCGUCGGAAAGGACCACGCGCAGAAGGUCGACGCGCUCAUGUCCAGGCUCCCCGGCUGCGUCAUGAAGGACGACGCGGAUGCGUUCGCCGUCGACCUGUGCUAUGUCAACGCCACGCCGUCCACGAGGCGCCGCGCGGUGCAGGAGCUCGUCUCGGUUCCCCGCGGCGACGUUCACAAGAUUCCGCACUACGCGAGGAUAGCGGCUGCGCUCGGGCAGGUUUUCGUCGCCGACAUCCGAGGCCCGGUGUCGCACGCGAUCCGCGAGGAGUUCUGGGUGCUCUCCAGAGAAGGUCGCGGGGACGUGCCGACGUUCGAGCACAGGCUCAAGAACGCCAGGUUCCUCGGCGAGCUCGUCAAGUUUCGGAUGGUCACCGCCCCCGAGGCUUUCGAGGCUAUCCGGUGGCUUCUCGAGCGAUUCGGGGGACAGAACGUCGACGUGGCGUGCACCCUCAUCGAGACCUGCGGGAGCUUCCUGGCCAGGCUACCGGAGACGGCGGCGCGCAUGGCAGCCAUCCUGGACGUCUUCGUGCGUCUGAAGGGCUCCACGAAGGGGUUGGAUUCUCGGCAAAUCGCUCGGAUCGACGCGGCGCACGCGAGUUGCCGGCCAAAGUCGGAGCGAGCCCGUUCGCGACGGACCAAACGCCGCCCCCCGACGCACGAGUACGUCCGUCACCUCGUGUUUCGCGUGUUGGACGAGAAGACGCUGCCGCAGGUGAACAGGCAGCUUCGCAAGCUUCCGUGGGCGACGCACGAGCGAUACGUGGUCAGGACGCUGUUAAAGUCGCACAAGAACCGGUACGGCGCGUCGCCGUGGAUCGCGCAACUCGUCGCCGCGCUCGCCAAGGGAAAGCCGUCGUUCGGGGUUCGGACGAUCGAUUCGUUGCUCGAGGAGAUUCGGUUCGGUUUGGAGACGAACGCGCCGUGGAUGCACCAGCGGCGGCUGGCGGCGGCGCGGCUCCUCGGCGAGAUGUACAAGGCCAAGGUGGUCAACACCACUACCAUCUUCUCGCAGCUGUACCUGCUGAUAUCCUUCGGACACUCCGCCGCGUUCCGGGACUCGGCGUCCGAUCCGCUGGAUCCCGCGGGGGACACGAUCCGCGUGCGGCUGGUGUGCCAGCUUCUGGAGACGUGCGGGAAGGCUUUCGGCGCAUCCGGGCCCCCCAAGAAGACCCUCGACAGGUUCCUCGCGUUUUUCCAGAGGUACGCCCUGGCCAAGGAUCUCUCCCUGGAGGUUGCCCACGACGUGCGAGAGACGUUGCUGGCGUUCCGGCCCAAGCUCGAACCCCACGCGGAUUACCAGUCCGCCUCGGCGGAGUGCGCGCGGUGGGAAGAGGAGGAGGCGCGAAAGGCAAAGGCGGUCAAAGGCGCAGCCGGCGCCGCGGCGGGGGCGCGGCACGAGGACGUCAGCCUCGAGGGCAUCGCCGAGGAGGACGAGGACGACGACGACGAGACCGACGGGGAGGACGACGAAUCCAGCGAGAGCGAGAGCGAAGCCGACGAGCUCGCGGACGACGACGAGGAGGAGGAGGACGACGAAGAGGAGGAGGAGGAGGAGGAGGAGGAGCACGGCGACGUCGGCGGUGACCCAUCCGCCGUGGAACCCGAGCAAGAGGACCGCGCCCGCCGCGAGCGACCGCGCGUUUCCCGCGAGGACGAGCUCGAUUUCGACCGGGAGAUGUCCCGCUUCCUCGGCGCGGGCGUCAAGGCGUCCUCCGCGGCGGCGGCGGCCGCGGACAAGCCGGCCACCAACCCGCUGAACGUCAGGGAGCCAGGCCCGCCCGGACCUCCUCCUCCAUCCGGCGGGACGGUUGCGUUUCGGAUGCUGACAAAGCGGGGCGCGCCCAAGGAGCUCGCCGUGCCCGCGGACGCCGGCUUCGUCGCCGCGGCGGCGGAGAAGCGCGCGGCGGAGGAGAGGGAACGCGCGGAGAUGAAGCGGCUGGUGCUCGCGGCGGCGGAGGCGGAGGACUCGGGCGUCGGUUCCAUCAUACCCAGGUUCAACAACAUGAAGGUGGCGGUGAAGACGGGGGGCGGCGGCGGCGGCGGCGGGGGGGGUGGCGGGAGAGGCGGGAGAGGCGGGAGAGGCGGCGACGGGCUGACCGUCGGGCUGCAGCAGCUGCUGGGGAAAACCGCGCCAGCUCGAAAGGCGCGAGACUAG